AUGGGGACCGUGGAGAAUGUGCCGGAUGAUUACCCGGAAGAGAUUACAGGCUAUGCAGACCCGUGGAUCGCAAAGCCUGGCGAUACCAUUGCGAUCAAAGUGUCUUGCACAGAGCCAGAAUACAAGCAUCGGACUGUACGAGUAAUUCAGGGCGUCGAUCUACCCCAUUCUCCUAAGAAGACACUCACGGAGAUUACAUCCAUUCCGACAGGGAAAGUCAAGGGAAGGUUCCAGCUUGCUCGGUGCGGCUCCUUCGCCCAAGUGCAGCACUGGUGUAGAUCUUCCGUCAUAAGCGACCUCGAGAUCUCUCUUUACUUCCAGCCGCACCUGGUUCAGGCUGGCCACCCACAGUCGAUCAUCUCCACCAUCGAUGUGCCCAGGAAACGUGGCUUUGCCAUAGUCAUUAAUUCGCACGGUCGAGUUGAGCUCUGGAUCGGAACGGGUAACGAGAUUCACUUGAUUCCGACCAAGUUCACCCCGAUUUAUAAACGCUGGAUAGCCUUGCGCCUCCUCCUUCAAGGAAGGGUUGUAUAUUUAACUUUGGAACCAGUGCCACGAGUAACCGAGAAAACAUCACCACCCGUCUCACUGGAAGAGACUAUGGCCAACGAUUUUUGUAUGAAUUCUGAUGCCACAUUGUUGAUUGCUGCAAGCUUUGCCGAAUCACCAGUAAAAGCAUUCCCACGAGCCACAAAUUUCUUCAACGGACGAAUCGACAGUCCGCUAAUCAGAACGCUCAAGGAUGGAGUAUUGGUCCACUAUGAUUUCGCACGAAAUAUCUCCGAAGACACCAUAUUAGAUAUCUCUGGCGGCGGACACCAUGGAGUUCUUGUCAAUGCUCCAACCCGUGCUGUACGUGGCCAUGACUGGGAUGGCACUCAAGUCGACUGGACAAAAGCCAAGUAUGGUUAUGGUGCUAUUCACUUCCACGAAGAUGAUCUCGAUGAUGCCUUUUGGGAAACCGACUUUACUAUUACAGUCCCUCUCGACGCCCGAUCUGGUAUUUACGCCAUCGAGGUUCAGAGCACUCAAGGACGCCCGACGAGUGACAUGAUUAGCUUUAUCAUCCGCAAUACUCCUACGACGGCCUCUCAAACUACACCUAAAGUCGCGCUUGUCCUUCCCACGUUCACAUAUCUCGCGUAUGCGAACGAUAAACUCGGCGACCCUAACCGUUCAUCUUCCGGUGGCACGGGCGCAGCACUUACAGAUAUCCAGCCGACUCCAACAGUCGACUCGGAUCGGAACUACCGACGCCUAGACCUCGGACUCUCGACCUACGAUGUACAUAAUGACCAGUCAGGUAACAUAUAUUCCUCUUCGAAACGGCCAAUCAUGAAUCUGAAACCUGGUUUUAUCUCCUUCGGUCUAGGGCGUCCGCGCCAUCUCAGCGGCGAGACGAUAAUGAUCGGGUAUCUAGAGCAAGAAGGCUAUGCUUACGAUAUCCUAACUGAUCAUGAUUUACAUCUCGAAGGCUGCUCCGCUCUUAUGCCAUACAGUGCUGUUAUUACUGGCGGCCAUCCCGAAUAUCCAACCACCGAAGUCUACGAUGCAUAUGAGAAUUACGCCCGGCGUGGGGGGAAUUUAAUGUACUUGGGCGGUAACGGAUUCUACUGGGUCACGGCCUGGGACCCUGCGCGACCAUGGCGAGUUGAGGUGCGACGCGGCGAGUCCGGCGUGCGCUCAUAUACAGGAGACGCGGGAGAGUGGACGCUCAGUCUGAAUGGGCAACUAGGCGCUUUGUGGAGGUCGCAGGGUCGUUCGUCGCACGCUCUGUUUGGCGUAGCCUUCUGCAGUCAGGGUCGGCCUCCUGGUGUACCUUACGAGCGGACUGAGGCCGGGAGAAGUAAACAGUAUCAGUGGAUGUUUGAGGGAAUCCCGGACGGCGAGCUUAUCGGCGAGUUUGGGCUUGGUGGUGGUGCAAGCGGGGAUGAGAUGGAUAGCUUUGACCUCAGUCAGGGCAGUCCGCUGAACGGAGUUGUUGUGGCCACCUCUAUGGGCCAUCCUGAUGGCUUUGGCAUCGCUAGCGAGUGUGCUUCUUACCCGAUAAUUGCCACGAGAGGCACACAGACAAGGGAAAUCCGCUCGGACAUUGUUUACUACGAGACGAAUGGAGGUGGGGCGGUCUUCUCAGUGGGGAGCAUUAACUGGUAUCCGUCAUUGGCGUGGGAUGAGUAUGAGAAUACCGUGGCCAAAAUGACGGGUAACGUGAUAAAUGAAUUUUUGAAGCGAGGAAUAGGUGGGAGAGAUAGAUAUCUUUAA